AUGGCGUUCAACGAAAGUGUGGUUAUUGUGGACUAUUAUUGCUACGGUUGCAACCAAAUGGUGGAGCGAGUGGACGAAGAGAGCUGUUCCCGUUGUCGCAAUCCAUUCAUAGAAGAACAGAUCGGCGGAAAUAUGGCGCCCAUCGAUAGGCCACAACUCACACCACAAAUGGACAAUGAAAUUGAUAAUGCGUUAGAGAGCGGCACAAAUGUACUUCUCGUUAAACACGAGACAUACGGCAAGAUAUACGGCAAAGACAUUCUCACUCUUAAGGGACUCAAUCGGCUUAACGACGAGAUUAUCGACUUUUACAUGAGUCUCAUCGUCGAGAGGGGCAAAAACGACAACUUCAGGACAGUUCACGCUUUCAACACAUUCUUCUAUAAGAAGAUCAAAGACAACGGACCGCAGAGUCUGAAGCGUUGGACACGAAAAUUAGAUGUCUUCGCAAACGACUAUAUAUUUAUUCCCAUCCAUUUAGGAAUGCAUUGGUGUCUCGCCGUAAUUGAUUUGAUGAAUAAACGGAUUCAAUACUACGACUCGAUGGGCGGCACAAACAUGGGUUGCGUUCAGUCGUUGUUUGAAUGGCUGUCGUGUGAAAGUGUGGACAAGAAGAAGGUGUCGUUACAGGCGAGUGAAUGGGUGCUCGAAAUGGCGCUAAACAUUCCGCAACAGAUAAAUGCUAGAGACUGUGGA